AAGGGGCACCCCUACUAGGAGUUGGUUCACUUAUGAAAACAUUGCAAACAAUCUAUUGUUUACGACACGCCUGACAGGUUUGCGACCCAAACAACAAUUUGACAUUUGUUUGACAGAAGAAAAUAGCCGGGUCUGCAGUUUUAAACAAUUUUAAAAUGCAUAUUUAGUAAGAAAUAACAGGCAUGCGGCGAUUGUUUUGGCGCUGAAUUCAAAAUGGCGGUAUCCGCAUGUUGACACUUGCUAUUUGACAUUUAAAAUGUAUAUUGUGUCUUUACUCGUUGCUUAGUCUGUUGGCUUGUUCAAUUCUCGAUUUAGUAUACAUGUUAGCUGAGUUAGGAGAAGAUGAAUUUUUCUGAGCUGUUUCGACAAACCAAUCAACUCUGCAAGUUUUCGCCCGAUGGGAAAUACUUGGCGUCUGUGACAGAGUUUCGGUUGAUCGUGCGGGAUGUGGAGACGUUUCAGAUACAGAAUCUCUUCAGCUGUUUGGACACUAUACAAGUUAUAGAGUGGUCAGCAGAUUCCCAGUUCAUCCUUUGUGGGUUGUACAAGAGAGGAAUUGUGCAGGUCUGGUCACUUGAACAGCCUGAGUGGAAUUGUAAAGUAGAUGAAGGGUCAGCAGGACUUUGUGAUGUCCGAUGGAGUCCCGAUGGCCGACAUAUACUGACCACUGCAGACUUUAAUUUGCGUAUCACAGUGUGGUCUCUCGUGACCAAGUCGGUGUCCUACAUCCGCUAUCCCAAGCAAUGCCAGAAAGGUAUGGACUUCAGUGUGGGAGGGAAGUAUAUGGCACUAGCUGAGAGACGAGACUGUAAAGACUACAUCAGUAUAUUUACAUGCAGUAUGUGGGAGCUUGUCAAGCACUUUGAGACCGACACGGACGACCUUAGUGGCCUGGAGUGGUCCCCGGACGGUAUGGUGCUGGGAGUUUGGGAGUCCCCUCUCUCCUACAAGAUCCUGCUGUACUCUGUAGACGGGCGAUGCCUGGCUAAAUACAGUGCCUAUGACAACUCCCUUGGUAUCAAAAGUGUGGCGUGGAGCCCUACAAGUCAGUUCCUUGCCGUUGGCAGCUAUGACGAAAAGGUGAGGAUUCUGAACCACAUUACAUGGAAGACCGUGGCAGAGCUGGACCACUCACCGGUCCUGGAGACAAAUAAUGAUGUUAUUGUGUACAAGGAAAUGGAGACGAGAGUGCCUCUACCUGCCACAGAAACCAUGGACGCUCCGACAGCAGCACUCUUCACCGCCCAGAGCAAGUAUGAGGUAGGAGAGUUCCCAGUGAGGAUUCCUGUGGUAAAGCCGGAUACCAGUAAAGCCAACCCAAGACUCGGUGUGGGCAGUGCAGCCUUCAGUUGUGACUGUCGAUACAUGUACACUAAGAAUGAUAAUAUGCCACACACCCUGUGGAUAUGGGAUGUCCAGAGACUUUCCUUGUGUACUGUCCUCAUCCAGACCUCCCCAAUUAAGUGUGUGUGUUGGGACCCCCAUCAGGCCCGCCUGGCUGUGUGUACUGGUUCCAACAAACUGUACAUGUGGUCACCCGCAGGCAGCCUCUCUGUGGAGGUGCCUGUCGAAGGUUCGUUUCCCGUCCAAUCCUUGAAGUGGCACCCCGAAAGUAACACAAUACUGCUGUUAAGUAAAGACCAGAUGUGUGUGUGCUACCUCACUGACACCAACAACCAGGACAGCUGACGGCCGUCCCAUGUUUUAUGUACAAACCGUCCUGUAGUGCUACUCACAAACAUGUCCGAUAUCCAAGGCAUACAAUUCUCCAUCUCCAUGGGGAAAACUUUCAGACAUAAAAUUCCAUGAAUUCCACUUUCAUCAAAAAAGUUGUUCUUUUGUAAAAAUGCAUUAUACAUGUAGUAUAAAGAUAUGUAAUUUCAGUUUUAAUAAAAAAUACAAAAAAACAAAGACAUAAGCUAGGGAUUCCGUA